ACGCCUUUAAAUCUAUGAACUCUUGAUUAUAAAGCAACGUUGGUUCAAAUAAGUUGACAUUAUAACGAUAACGAACACGUAUUAAAGAAGAUGAGUGUGGAGAACAUGGAGGAGGUUGAGGUGCUGGAGGCCCAGAUCGAGCUUCUCCAGGCGGAAGUGGAAGCGUUGCAGCGACAGCAGCAGGACAACCAGAAGGACAUGACGUUCCAGUUCAGAGGACAAAUGCACGACGCUGUGGCGUCUGUAUGUGGACUUGGACCAGGAGGAGGGAAGGAGCGAGUUCUGUCCAGGCUGAAGGAGGAGGUGGAGGAGAUGGAGGAGGAUCUGAGGCAGCAGACGCAGAUGAACGGCAUCAGUCUGACCAGCUGCACCGCCAAGACUCUGCAAAGCAGUGGCAGGAAGGUGGUGCAGCAGCUCUGUGUGUCCGGCCGCUGCUCUGAACUGGACUUCCAGGUGGAGUUCAAGCUCUCUGAGCUCACGACGGAUCAGAGGUCGCAGAGGACCAUCAGUGAUCUGAACGUGGUGCUGGACUCCAGCGACCUGCAGAACUUCAGCAGCUUCGUGUCCAGCGUGGAGGAGAGCAGGGAUCUCCUGCUGUUCUUCAGGACUUUGAGGACUUUCUCAGACAGAUGCGACGAUCGAUGCAGAACCUUCCAGCACUUCCAGCAGAAGUAUCCGUCCGUUGUGUCUCUUCCUGGAGGCUGCAGGUCGGAGGUCAUGGCUCUGAGUCACGCUGAGCUUUCUGGCUGCGUCCUGUUCGUUCACUGGUCCGUGGAGGUCUCCAGAGAAGGAGGCGUCACGCCGAAGAUCGAGCUGCUGACCAAGAUCCCAGACGAAGCGCUGCAGCUGUUCCCCUCUCGGCCAGUAGGCGGCGCCACCGAGGCCUUUCAGAGCCUGCUGAGGAUUCUGGGAGCUGAAGCUGCCAUCGAGUCGAUCAUCAGAGCGAUCAGCCUCCAGCAGGACGUUUAAUUCAGUUUCAUUCAUUCUGAUCCUGAUUUUCUGACCUUCAUUAUCAGCUGAUGUAAACACAGAAACAGACGACAAGCGUUGAGUCUCUUAGAAAUCUUUAUUUCAAUAGAAAGAGCUCGGCUGUGACGGCUGUGACAGCCGAGCUCAUCGGUCAAAAUCUACAAAAAUAAAUAAUUUAAAUACAAAAUG